ACUUGAACCUUAGAGGUCUUUGGAGUUUCCGUGAGCCUCGGUGCCUCUGCGGCGUCACGCACAGGGAGCACCGAAACUGCCUCCCGCAGCUUUGGCUUCCCCGGCAGGCAUGGAGCGUCUCCAGGCCAAGGACGCAUCUACCUUCCCGCCCUCGGGUCCGGGGCAGGCCUGCCAGGGUGGGUGUCCAGGGGCCUUCGAGUUGGAGGUGCAGUAAAGGGAGAGGCCCAGGAGAGUCUCGGACCCCGGCAUGUGUGAGGAGCGUCCUGAAGAGCUUGGGGUCAAGGGCCAUGAAGCCCCCGGGAGGAGACUCAAGCAGUCUGUUUGGAAGUCCAGAAGAAGCUGUCCCUUCAAGCAGGCCCAAUAGGAUGGCAUCUAACAUUUUUGGACCAACCGAAGAGCCUCAGAAUGUACCUAAAAGGACCAAUCCCCCUGGGGGCAAAGGAAGUGGUAUCUUUGACGAAUCAAUGCCUGUGCAGACUCGACAGCGUCUGAACCCCCCUGGUGGGAAGACCAGUGACAUCUUUGGGUCCCCGGUCACUGCUGCAUCACCCCUGGCACACCCGAACAAGCCCAAGGACCAUGUGCUCCUGCGUGAGGGGGAGGAGCCCGUCCCGGACCUCAAAGCCGCAGCGAGCACCUCGCCCAGACAGGAGCCCAGCGAGCAAGGCGGCCCAAGGGAGGCGGCCUUCGCCCAGGAGCCUGCGCCCCCGCUGGACAGCCACGAGCCCAGGCUGGGCCCGCGGCCGCGCUCUCACAACAAAGUCCUGAACCCACCCGGGGGCAAGUCCAGCAUCUCCUUCUACUGAGGCGCCGCUGCAUCCCUCACCGCCAGACAAGCCCGGGAGAUAGGAGUUUAGAUAGAGUUUCUUUCAGCCCAGAGGAGCGGGGUGGGGAGCGGGUCUGGGGGGGGGCCCGCGGCCUGGCCCCACAGCUGUCCUGAGGCCUUGGCCUUCCAGGCGCCCGGAGACGCGGUGCCCGUGGGAGAGGCCCCUCUGGUGGCCCAGGGAGCGGGGUCUUCUUGUCUUUGGUGUGUGGGCUCAUUGGGCGUCCAGGUGUCGCUGACAGAGUAGCAGUUAGAGCCUCUGGGGGGGAAAGGAAACCCCGGUGGAUUUCUGCGGGACGGAGGGGCCAACACGGACCCCCUCGCGCGGGGGUCUCUGUGGAGACCCUCGGAUCCCCGGGUUGCGACCUCCGGGCCCAUGGCCUCCACUCCCAGGACCUCAGUUUCUCUCUUGAGUUCCACACAUGUUCCUGAAAUACCCUGAUUGCUUUUCCUCUGUGGCCGUGAGCAGAACACCGGAGCGCCGUUCUCGGUCUUAGGCUUGAUGGAAAGAUUCCGUAGCCGGGUCUUCCGAGGGGCCCCUCGUUGCCACAUCAAACCCUGGCCACAUCUUACCUGGGAGUUGCUACCUGUCAUCCAUCAGAGACGGGUUUUGGACUCUUUCCAGGCGGUUUUGCCUGUGAAUUGUCCCCUUCUUUCGCAUCGGCCUUGGGCCUAGGCCCUUGCUCCCCACCAGUGCUGCGGACGCUCCCCCACCAGCACCACUGCUUGUCUGCAAGGCCGCUCAGCUCAGCAGACCUUUAAGCCACUGACAUAUGUCCAGGUAACGGGGUUAUCCUUGCUCUGUCUUCUUUAUAGUCCUGUUGACAGUAGGAAAGAGAGAUCCUCAAGAACCUUGGGUUCUUGGGUUUGAAUUCGACCCUUGAGAACCUUGGGUUCUUCGGGCUGAAUUCCUGGCUCACGUCCACAGAGCUCUUCUGAAGCAGCAGCUUUAUGUAAGUGACUAUGGACGCCGGUCUGUGUGCAACAUCUUUCUAGACACAAGCCCACCACUCAAACGUCCAGCACAGGGGAAAGGAGGCAUCUUAGGCGCCCACGAUACGGCUUUGCAGAACCUCUGGCCGUACAGUUUCUGAUGAGGCCUGGAGACCUUAGGCCCGGAAGUUCGGUAGUUGGGCAGCAAGGUGGUCACGAGCCCCUCUCGCGACACUUGCCCGCGGAGAUAACCUUUGAUCUGUCAGGUGACACUUCUCCCCCCUGCGCCUCUCAUGGGCUGCGGCAUCAAGUCCUCUGCUUCCCUCCUGAGGGGCCAGCAGGCAACCGGGAGGGUCUGGGUGGUGGGGCUCUUGGUGCCUACAGAGCUAACAGGUGCCAGAACAAUCCUCAUUAUCAAGAUUCGGUUCCACUCCCAGUGGCCUGGACACUCAAGUGCCUGCAGGAGCCACCUGCCGUGCUCCACUUCUUCCACCAGCACCCCAGGGGUCUACACGGCACUCCGCCAACCAAAGACAGACUCACUUCCAGUUGACCUGCUGACUUAGGAGCCAAGAAGCACUCUGUGACUCAAAUACCUCCUGUCUCCAUUCUUUAAAUGCUUAUUUGUAAAGAAGUCUGGAAUUCAGAACGGUUUCUCCCCAUUAAAAAAAUAUCAUGAA